AUGGGCAUUUUCCGGCGACUUCCGCUCUACAUCACCCUCGCCGCCGUGGUCUUCACUUUCCUACCUUCCCCACCAUUCCCCUCAGCCGCCGCCGCCGCCGACGGAAAGUUAAACCUAGCCACCCAAGUCUGCAAAAACACCCCAAACCCCAACUUCUGCCGCGCCGUCGUCUUCUCCGACCCACGCGCCGCCGACGCCGACCGCGUCGUCCUCGCCUACAUAGUAUUCGGCCAAACCUAUGUCAACACCACCAGUACCCAAACAUACAUCGCCUCAAAAAUAAAAUCAAUUGAAGCCUCCGGCGGCGGAGAAUCCGGCGAAUUGAAAGGUCUGAGAAAAUGUAGGGCUUACUACGAGGAGGCGAAUCGGACACUUAUCCACGAUAUGCUGCAAAAUUUGGAUUCGGAAAGCUAUUACGGGUUCGAUAAAGCCUCCGUUAACGUCGAAGAUCAAGCACGCGCCUGCCGGAAGGAUCUCGGCGGCGCGUCGCCGAUGACGGAGAAGAACGAUGACUUGAUUGAACUUGCUAAGAUUUGUUAUGCCGUUUCUCUGCUCUUUCCGUAUGGUGGUUGA